AUGUCUGAAAUCAUUCGUCGAAUUAUCAAGUCACCCACUGCUCCACCAGCCGGAGGACCAUACAGUCAAGGUGUUCAAGUUGACAGAACACUUUAUGUAUCAGGAAAUAUUGGUGUUGAUCCCCAAACUGGUAAUUUCGCAGGUAGUAAUGUAACAGAUCAAGCAAGACAAGCUUUGAAAAACAUUGGUGAAAUAUUAAAAGCAGCUGGUUGCUCGUAUAAAAAUGUUGUGAAAACCACGGUUUUUCUUCAAGAUAUGAAUGAUUUUUCAGCAAUGAAUGAAGUGUAUCAAGAAGUAUUCUCUGAUCGUCAUCCAGCACGUUCAACAAUUCAGGUGGCUGCUCUACCAAAGAGUGCAAAAGUUGAGAUUGAAGUUGUAGCAAUUGUUGGUGAUAUCAAAGAGGAAUAA